AUGGAGUCGGCCGUGGAGAUCUCGGACUUGAAAAUUGCAGUGCCUCAUCCAACAUUGAGGAUAGCACUUACCCCACCUCGAGAGUCCGAUGGAGCUGCAGUCAUCCUUGGACUCAACCACCCAAAGGUAUACAUGAACCUGAACGGUCCACCUUAUCCCUAUACAGCGAAAGACUGGACAGAAUGGUACGCCAAGAGCUCCAGCGACUCGAAAGAAAAUUUGUCCGAAUUGAUCGCUAUCCGAAAAAGCGAGCAGUCCAGUCCCAGCACUACGGGGAAAUUCGCGACUGCAGGCGACGGUUCGCAGCGAUCGUGGCUCGGCCGACACUGGACUUCAACAAUUCGCCAUUUCGAGGAUUCAGACGCCAGUACCAAUGCAAAUUUUAUAGGCGAGAUUGGGGUGGAGAGAGAGAGCUUUUUGUAUAUUGUAGAUGAAGAAGAGAGAAACCGGCGGAAAGAAGCAAACGAUAAGCUGCAAGCUGGUGAUCCGAACAUCACCUGGGAAAUCGGAUUCUGGCUCGUGCCCGAAUAUCAUGGUCGUGGGAUCAUGCCUGCCGCCUUGCAGACACUAAUGGCUGAAGUGAUCAUUCCGCAUAUGAAUGCCCACACAAUAGUCGGGACCUACUUCGAGCACAAUCUUGCCAGCAGAAGAGUGUUUGAGAAAUGUGGAUUCUCUUUUGAGAAAGUGGUGCCGAGUGCCAUUGCAAUCAAUCCUGCUAAGAUCGGCGAAGCACAGCGACCAAAGGUUGGAGUGGGCAUUCUCAGGUGGGAGCGUAACUUGGGCGACUGA